AAGGAGAGAUUAAACAACAUAAAUGUUUAAAUUAAAAACAUAGAAAUUUAAAAGAAAAAUAUUAAAAAUAUAAAUGACCUGGAAACCUACAACAGAAGAUAAAAAUGACAUUUGUGCAAUCUUAUACAAAAAUUUUCUUGUGUACACUAAAUGAACCCUAAGACAAAUUCCCUUAAAAGAAAAAGAAAAACGUUAAGACAAGUCUCUCCACUCCUCAGUUUCAAAAAAAAAAAAAAGUCUCUCCACUCCACAAGUUUCUAUAUCUUACCCAUAACUCUUUAUUUCUCUCUGCAUCAACCUCAAGCUAGCACCGUCCAUGGCGUCUGGACCAUCCGGCCUCAGCAACUGCAGUUCCAAGGGAUUUGAUUUUCGCUCCGAUGAUGUUCUCUGUUCAUACGAGGAUUUUACCGAGCAGGAUUCUUCUAAUGGCAAUAACAUCGAUCCCAGUAAGGAUUUUCACAUAUCAAGGAUGACAAAAGCAGCAGCAUUGCCUGCUACUGCCUAUGGCUCACCUGAAGGUUCUUUAGGCCAAGAUGUGAUUGCAACAGUUGAGAAGAGUAUAAAAACAUAUUCUGACAACCUUAUGAGGUUUCUUGAGGGAAUUGGUUCAAGGCUAUCACAGUUGGAAUUAUAUUGUUAUAAUCUUGACAAAUCAAUUGGGGAAAUGCGAUCUGAUUUGAACAGUGACCAUGAGGAGGCAGAUUCAAAACUCAAAUCUAUUGAGAAACACGUUCAGGAAGUACAUAGGUCUGUACAAAUUUUAAAAGACAAGCAAGAGCUAGCUGACGCUCAGAAAGAAUUAGCCAAGCUUCAACUUGUACAGAAAGAAUCCUCUCCAAGCCGUCGACAGUCCUAUGAGGGGAGAUCUUCACCUUCUGCCACGGAUCAGAAAAGAACUGAUAAUGCAUCUGACACGAACAACCAGCAGUUAGCUCUUGCACUCCCUCAUCAAGUUGCCUUCCAGCACCAACCAGUGACAGCCCCCUCUCAAGCUCCAGCCUCAAAUGUGACCCAAGCCACGCAACAACUCAGUUAUUACAUGUUGCCCGCCUCUUUGCCCAAUCCACCAGCCAUGACCCACUUUCCCCAGAAUCAGUAUCUGUCUUCUGAUCCGCGGUACCAGAAUCCACAACCAACAUCAUCUCAGGUAACCAUGUCCCCGCCUGUACAACAGUUUUCUCAGUAUCAGCAGCAGCCACAGCAACAGCAUUGGCCUCAACAAUCACCUCAGGAGGUUGCACCUCCGCAACCACCCUCAAUGCAGUUUCAAAUGAGACCCUCAUCAACUAAUACUUACACUCCAUAUCCUACAAGCCAAGCUGCAAAUCCACCUCCCAAAGAAACACUGCCUAAUAGCUUGCCAAUGCAAAUGCAAUAUUCAGGGAUUCCACCCUCAGGAUCCGGCCGCGGUGCUGCCACGCCUUAUGGAUAUAAUGGCACCGGUAGGAGUACAGUUGCACAGCAACCUCCGCCCCAGCAAAUCAAGAGCUCUUUUCCAGCACAACCAGGGGAUAUGUAUGGAACCCAUGCCACGCCUCCUCCUGCUAGUUCAUACAUGACGUAUGAUUCUGACGGUGGCAGAGCACAUUAUACAGCCCAACAUUCUUCUCAUUAUGCUCAAGCUGGAUACCCUCCCACAAGUGCUUCCCUUCAGAACCCUGCACCCCAUAAUCUCAUGGUCCGGAAUCCUAGCCAGCCGCCGCAAUUCACACGGAGCCAUCCCUACAAUGAUCUGAUUGAAAAGUUGGUGAACAUGGGAUUCAGAGGCGAUCAUGUAGGAAGUGUUAUCCAGAGGAUGGAGGAAACAGGGCAGCCUGUAGAUUUUAACUCGUUACUUGACCGUUUGAAUGUACUUAGUUCAGUAGGUCCCCAGAGGGGAUGGUAAGGUAAGGGUAAAGAACUUAUACUGCUUGUACCCUUUGAACAAUAUGCUUUUCGGCAUGUCGGGUUUGAACGAUGUUGUCCAGCAUGUCCUGUAGGAAUAUUUUUGUCCAGGACCUGGAUGUUCAGUUCAAAGUUCAAACCCUCUAAUCAAUGCGUGUUUUAGUAUGCAUGGAAUAAACGUUUUGUUUUUUGUUUUUGUUUGAAACUAUCCAUGGAAUAAACAUUGAUGUAAUGUGGAUGGUGUUAUAGUAUACUCCUUAUUUUAGAUAUGAGGAUGAUUUAUGUAAGAUUUAUAUUUGCUUUGC